CAAAAUUUAACAACCAUACAUUGACAUACAGAUGUGCCUAGAAACAAAAUAACUACAUCUCUACCAUGUCAACAAUCAUAAGAAGGGAGAAAAAUUUUGUAUUCUUUGAAACCGUGUUCAUAGAUAUUUUAUAUACAUAUUGUUCUCUUUUUUUUUUAAUUUAAAAUUGUAAAGGGAGACUGUAAAGGAAGAGAAAAUUUUUAAACAAUGAAAAAUUUACAAUGAAUUUAAACAAACAUUCUCAUAAUUUUGGUAGACAAUAAUAAGUAUUUAUAUAUUUACAUAUAGACAUAUAUGUUUGAGGUGUAUUCAUUCCAAUUUCCCAUAGAUACAUAUCUAUAUAUGUAUACGCAUGCAUACAUUAUAUACAACAACAAAUGUUAAACUAAGUAUCUUUAUAGUUCAAAUCACAUCUCAUAUGGUAUAUUCAGUGAAGUGAGCACUUUUUUUUAAUGAUCAUUCCUUUGAGUUGUAUAUCGGUAUAAGAUCACAUAGGUAUUAUCCAAUUAAAUUUACAUAUACUUAUAUAUUUCUCUCUAUAAAUACAUGUAUGUAUAUAAUAACUACAACAACAGCAACAACAGUGUGUGUUCUCCACAGAUCAUUUACACUCAACAACAACAACAACAAAAAAACAAAAAAAAAUUUUUUCUUCAAAUUUUCAAAUAAAUAAAUAACCAAACAGCUUGUUUAUCAUUUCAAUAUUUAUAAAAGAAGGACAAAAUUCAACAUACUAUGCACAAUUAUAAUAUCAUAUCAUUUAAUCAUAUAAUUUAUGAUCAAAUUAUAAUUUUAAAAUAUUAUAUUUUAUUAUUACCAUUUAUGAUAAUUAAAAAUUUCGCAUUAUUUCUAUUACCAUGGUUACAAUAUCGAAAAAAUUUAAAAAAUAAAUUUUUAUUAAAUCAAUUAAAUAUAAAAUUUAUUUUAUUAAUUAUAAUAAUUAUAAUUAAAAAUCAAUUAAAAAUUGAUUUAUUUUAUUCAAUUAAUGCAUCUAUAUUAAAAGGAUCAUCAUCAACAUCAUUAUCAUCCAAUGAUUAUUAUUAUAAUUAUUAUCAUUAUAAACCAACAAAUAAAGAUUUAAUUCAAUCUUAUUUAGAAAAACCAAAAAAAUGGUUAUUACAAAAAGCUAAUAAUCCAUUUUUAUCAAAUCUAAUUACAAAUAAUGAUCAUAUUAACCCUUAUAAUAAUAAUAAUAAUAAUAAUAAUAAUAAUAAUGAAAUUAAUAAUGAAAAUGAUAAAAUUCACCAACAAUUUAAUAAUCAUCAAUAUAUCAAUAAACAAACAUUAUUGAUUAUUGAAAAAUUUAAAAAAAAAUUAUUAAUUCAAUUAAAUUUAAAAACGAUACCAAAUAUAAAUAUAAAUAAUAAAUCUGAAUGGAAUUCAUUACCAAUAAUAUUACGUAAUCGUUUAAAAAAUGAAAUUGAUAUUACAAAUCAAUUAAUUAAUAAACCAAUUAAACAAGAUGAAGAAAAAGAAACAUUAAUUUUAUUGAAACAAUACCAACCGCCAGUGAAGCUGCCCAAUCCAAAUAUAUUUAUAUUAAAAGUAGCCGAAGAAAUUGAUCCAACUCAUAUUAGUCGAGUUACCCUUCAUGUUGAGAUCAAUGGUGAAAUUCGUCCAAAUUCAAUAUUUACUUGUUGGGAAAUUUAUCCUACAUUAUUUAAACCAAAAUAUUUGUGGCUUAAUGAUGAUGAUACUGUUGAUGAUGAAGAUAAUGAUCCAACAGCCGAAACAUUCUCUCAAAUUGAUAUCAAUAAUUUUGAUGAAAUUGAAAAUGAACCAAAUAUUCAAUCAACAAAUUUAUUCAAUUAUCCAUAUAAAUUAAUUAUGAAUAGAAUGUUUAAAUUAAUAAAACCGGAAAUCGAUAAAACUAUCUUACCUGAAAAUUAUUUAACAUCUAUGGUAACAUUUAAUAUAACAAAUCGUAUGAUUAAUUGGUUAAAAUAUAAUAGAAAUAAUCAACCAUAUAAACCAUUUAUACGUUAUAUAAUGAUAAUAUGUAAUGAUUGUAAUCAUGAACAACAAAAUAUUAUUGAUCCAAAAAAGGUUGUUAUGGAAAUUAAAUACCGUCCACGUUUAAAAAGACAGAGGCGUUCAUUAACUAAAGGAGAUGAGACAAUAUACAAUGUAUGUCGUUCUAAUGGACACCAUUAUAGUUGUUGUACACAACCAUUAUCUGUUAAAUUUUCUGAUAUUGGUUGGGAUAACUGGAUUAUACACCCGAAAAGUUUUGAACCGAAUUAUUGUCGAGGAUCCUGUAAAGUCACAUCAACAAAAAGUUUACACUAUGAUGUUAUGGAUUUAUUAUUACGUAAAAAUUUAUCACAAUUUGGUAAUGUUCAACGUGAUGAAGUACAAUCUUGUUGUCAUCCAACUCAAUUAACUAGUAUGUCUGUUUUAUAUUUAGAUUCAAAUCGUGAAUUACAAAUGCAUACUUUACAUAAUUUAAUUGUUUUAGGAUGUGCUUGUAGUUAACACUUAUUAUUCAUUCCUAUUGCAAGUUCUAGUUACAUGUCUACAUAUGUGUAAUGUUGUUAAGUUAUUCUGUUGUUGUUCCCCUUCAAUCUAUUGACUAUCUCUUAAACCAAUGCUUACAUUGGGAAUAUGUAACGUUAUGAAUAUCCUAUAUAUAUAUAUAUAUAUAAGAUAUUGCCUUUUUAUUUGUAUGUUGUGAAUAGUUUUAUUUUCAAUGUAUCCAUUCUUCAAUAAUUAUUGAAUCUUGAACACAAUGAACUAAAAUUCAAACAAUAAUACAAAUCAAUUAUAUAUAUUCAGGAGUUAAAUAAAUGUCGUCGUUUUGUUUCUAUUCAUUCAUUGACUAGCACAUGUAUAAGAUAUUUUUUUUUUGGUAACUUCUAAAAAUAGAAAAGAAAAAAAGAAACUGUCAUAAACCUCUCAUAUGAUUUGGUUAUUUGAGCUGAUUACUUUUUUUGGUAAAAUUAUUUUUGAACAUACUCAAUAUUGAACGUACACACACACACACAGAAAUACAUAUUUCGUCGUCGUCAUCGUCAUCAUCAUCAUGAUUCAUUGUCUUUUUCUAUUUAACCUAAUUCUAAAUGUUAAAUGAAAUGUCAGUAAAUAUUUUUGUGUUCUGUUUAAAUGUUUACAACCAUUUUAUUUAUUUAUUUGUUUUUUUUAUUGUAUUCACAUUUUUUUUCGUUUGUUUGUGUUUGUGAAAUGUGAAACCAUAUUCAAUUUUAUGUGUAAAUUUUCAAUAUAUAGAAGUGAAAAAAAAGCGAUCAAGUUUAUCCGUAACGUUUCGAUGUUGAAUAAGUAUAUUACAUCCAGAAUCUUAAGGUAUUGUUUUAUUUAUAGUUGAAAUCAUGUUUCAAUUGAAGCUGGAGUACCAUGGAAAACCUGGAAGCAC